GUGCAUUAUAUUGUGCGGAAAUAAUUAAGCAAAAUUUAUUUUCAUGGAAAACUGUAAAAUGUAGUAGAUAUGCAGAACAAAUGGAAACUCAACAAGCCCUUCAAUUUCUUUGAUUCAAUAGAUUACUUCGUAAUUUGCUCCAAAUCAUUUCGAAUAAGCAUCGAUUUUAUUUCCAAAAAUUGAGGUUAGCAUUUAAACUUAAACGCCUUGUCUCAAUAAACGUCUAGCAAGUGUAAUAAGGAAAUUAAUUUAUUCAUGAGUACAAGAAGUGCACAAAACGCAAGUGCAUCCGAAGAUGAGAUUGAAGAGCCAUGGAACUUUUCAUGGAUCACUCAAGAUGUCCUUGCUGCCAUGUCGUGCCCGUACAAGAAAAGUCAUAUUUUAUUUUUGAAAAGUGUCGGAAUAAAACAUCUAGUUACAUUAUCACCAGAUACCCGGCCUUAUCAUCAGACGGAUAACGGAAUUCAAUACCACGAAAUAGCUAUAGAAGAAUUCGAACCUCCGACCACCGAUCAAAUUAAAACAUUUAUUAGUCUUUGCGAAAAUGCCAAAAAUAAAAAAGAGCCUGUUGGUGUACACUGCAGGAUGGGCAGAGGAAGAACCGGCGUUAUGGUUGCGUGCUAUUUAAUGUAUUUUUUCAGUUUAACCCCUGACAGAGCUUUAACAAAUGUGCGAUUACAAAGGCCUGGAUCCGUUGAAACAUUUACGCAAGAAAGAAUUUUAUUUACAUAUUACGAUUAUUUGAGGACAAUGACGAAAUAAUGCCAGUAAAAUAUUGUUCCGUUUUACCUAUUUUUAUUGUAAUAUGUGUAGUUGGCGAAUAGUAAAUGAAUAAAUAAUUGUAAUUAAA